GAUCGCCGUCGCGUCGUGUCGCUGUUUGCGCCAGCGCCGAGGAGACCGCGCGGGGAGGAGAGAGAGCGAGAUCUGAGGUCGAGCUGAGGUCCAACCACCGCGUCGGAGACCUUUUCGUGUCACCAGCGUCGCAAUCACCGUGAAAUCCGUCGCCGCCGCUGCUGUACCCGCGUCGUCAUCGUUCUCAUCAUGGAGUCGGUUGCCGUCACUUAUGGUGGAGCCAGAGAGAGAGAGAGCGAGCUCGGGAGCCGAAGAGAGAAAGGAGAGACCCGCGCCAGCCACCACCACUUCUGCCGCUCGAAACCCUGCUGCCCCCGCUGGGGACCGCACUGUUGUCGUCCGCCGCCGCUGCUUGUUAUUCUGAGCUACUGCACCGUUGUUACCGCCGUUCUGGUCACCGGGUGUGGCGUGGGUGAUCACCGGAACCACCAUCGGAGUUACCGUUAUUUCAAUUUAGCCGUUCGUCCUUGUUUGGGAUUGAGUUACGGGUCUUGAUAGCUGAGUCUUAUGGCUGUUGCAUACAGCAUUAAGGUGCUACGUCGUCACCGGAGCUGCUGUUGCCCCGUUUUCUCGAUUAUUCGUAAGCCC